GUUCUAUGAUACUUAAUGGAAGCAGGAGCGGAAAAUGGUUCACAUUUAAUAGCUCAUAUUUAAUGCUAAAACAAGAAAUAUUUACGAUGGAAUAUAAACAUCAGUGAAGAUUAGUGGCAAAAUGAGGGAUCUUGCUCUUCUUACGGUUUUUCUUGACGUUUAUGUGCAGGCUAUUCCCCCAGAAUGCGAUCCUCAUAACAUUCUGGUCAGAGAGGAGGAAAACUGCAACAGUGAGUUGCAGAGAUACAACCUGUCAAGAUCAGGACUUGCUCAGCCAGGGUGUAGUGGUAUGUGGGAUUACCUGAACUGCUGGCCACACGCUCUGGUUGGGGAAACGGUAUCCCAACCCUGUCCCAAAUUCCUCCAGACAAAAGGGAGAGUGUUCAGGAACUGCACAGCUGAAGGCUGGACAGAGGCAUUUCCACCUCAUGAGAUCGCCUGCGAGUAUGCCUUCAAUGACACCUUCCACUUCCCGGGGGAAAUCCCUGAGUCCCAUCAGUACUUCCUGUAUGUGAAGACCAUGUACACAGUGGGCUAUGCCAUUUCCCUCGUGUCCCUGGCUGUCGCAGUUGUCAUACUGUGUCUGUUCAGGAAGCUGCACUGCACAAGGAACUACAUUCACAUCCAGCUCUUCCUGUCCUUCAUCCUGCGGGCAAUCUUCAUCUUCAUCAGGGACUCCGUACUCUUUUCUAACGAAGACUUCUACCAUUGCGAGUCCUACACGAUGGGUUGUAAGCUGGUGCUGAUGUCCUCUCAUUACUGCAUCAUGGCCAACUACAGCUGGCUGCUGGUGGAAGGCCACUACCUGCACACACUGGUCCGAGUCUCCUUCUUCUCUGAGAAGAAGUACUUCUGGUGGUACAUUGUGCUAGGCUGGGGCUUGCCUAUGGUUGUCAUGACAGCAUGGGGCUUGGCCAAAUAUCUACAUGAAGAUGAAGGGUGCUGGGAUACAAAGAAACAUGACUGGAUCUGGUGGAUUCUCAGAGUUCCUGUUCUACUCUUUAUCAUAAUUAACUUGCUGUUUUUUGUGAGUAUCAUAAGAAUACUUGUGGGGAAACUGAGGACUCCAGAUGCACACGGCAAUGAAUUAAACCAGUACAAGAGACUUGCAAAGUCCAGCUUCUUCUUGGUGUCCCUUUUUGGCCUGCACUACAUCCUGUUUGCCUUCUUCCCGGACAAAGUCAGUGACUUAACAUACAAAAUAAGGAAUUCAGUGGAGCUGGCUCUCGCAUCUGCUCAGGGCUUUGUGGUUGCAGUUCUUUACUGUUUCCUUAACAGUGAGGUGCAGUACGAGUUCCAGAGAAAGUGGCGGCGGUGGAGGCUGAAGAAGCACCUGCAUGGUGAGUCGAGGCAGCACCAUGGCUCGCUUAGCCAUAGCGGGGCCGCCCUCACCCAGGUCUCCCUGCUGCCCCGGGGCCCAGGCCAACGCCAGGCCAGCCAGACGGAACCCUGACCAACCCCAACCCCGCCACUGAGACUGCUACCUUCUCCCAGCCUGGAGCAGCCAGCACAGCUGCCUGAAUCCCCAACUUGAAGACAAUUCUUUUGCCCACUGCUCUGAAGUCAGACUGAUAUAACUCUGAUGGGGCCCCAACACCCCUUCACAGAUACCCUCUGUGUCCUCUGCCAACUCCUGUACACAGCUUCCAGUAAGAAUUUCCCAUUCUCACCAGAGAAGACCAGAGGCCAAGGAUUGCUUCUCACCAUUUAUAUCCUGGACCUCUUCAGCUUCAGCUUGGCUUCUGUUUUAGAGGAUCCACACCACUCAGGCAGAAUACUGCUCUCAUUCUGUCUGUUAGGUAUUGCACUGUGGGUCCUCCAUCCACACACAUGCAAAGGAAAUCUCCUUUGACACCACCAUGGUCAGAGGUCAACAGUGGCACAUGGUGAAUCAGGCCUGGAUCCAACACCACAUACAUUCAUGAUGAGUAUUUGACAGUUUCGUGUGGAAAUGCCUUGUUUGGUCCCCGUGCUCACAUUUGAACACCUUUCACCUCUAGCACCAACAGAGCUUUUGAGUAGGUUCAACUGACUCUAGAUGUUGAUGCAUGGCUUCCAAGGACAUGGUGUACUACUAUUCCUCUUAAUUUAUUAACACAUUGGAAAAUAUACCUUUUUUUUUUGCUUUAAUGAAAAUACCGGGAGUCUGAACAGCAGAUCAAAGUUACAAUUCAUGUAAAUAUAUUGGUUAAUAUACUACCAUUACUCUACUGAACUAAAUUAUAUAUGUUCUCGUUCUUUCAGCUGCAAUGUGGGAAUAAAUUAAACUCCUUUUCAUUGAUAGCACAAUAAAGGCUGUU